AUGACCACCACCAUGAUCUUCUACGACAUCGCAAUGCGUCCGCCAGUUGCGGAGACGUGCUGCGGACCGAACCCCUCGAAAUCCAGAUUCGCGCUCAAUUUCAAAAACAUCCCUUAUUCGACCUCAUGGGUACAGUUGCCAGAUAUCGCGAACGUGCGCCGAUCCCUGGGCGUACCCGCAUCGCGCAAGUUUGGUGACGGCACCGACUUCUACACACUUCCGAUGCUCUCCGACCCAUCCACCAACUCCAUUAUCGGUGACUCCUUCGACAUCGCGGUCUAUCUGCAAAAGACAUAUCCGAACUCGGGUGAAGGCGACCUGUUCCCGCCUCAGACACUCGACUUCGUCUUUGAACACGAUCUUGCGCUGCUCGCGCCGCUGUCAGAGCAGAAAGAGGGUGAGUUUGAUGAGUACGCUCGAUUUAAUACAAAUGUCGAUGCGGCUUUCAGUGCACACGUUCCUCUUAUGGUACACGGUCUUCCUCUGGACCCAGCUACCGCCGAGGCGACUAAGGCGGAAUUCGUUCGGCGCGCUGGAGUUUCAUCUUGGGACGACUUCGCGGUGAGUGGUGAGGAACGAGAGAAGCUGAAGAAUUCUUUCCGGGACACGCUGGGGGACCUAGCCAAGUUAUUCUUGAAAGAUGUCAGUGGGCCUUUUAUACUCGGGAAACAAGUCAGCUAUGCGGAUCUUAUUGUUGGCGGGUGGCUGCGGAUGAUGCGUGGGACUUUACCGCGCAAUGAGUGGGAGGAGGCGAGGGGCUGGCAUGAAGGUGUUUUGGGGCGGUUGCAUGACGCACUGGAGGAAUAUGCGGAAGUGAAGUAG